AUGUCUUUGAUCAAGCUCCCCCUGUUACUUAUCGGUUCCCUUUGUGUCCAUCGUAGCGUUACCCCUCCUAACGCUGCACCACCCUCGGGAGAAUUGUCGAAGCACAAAGAUUUAUGGCCAAGUUCGUAUUUUUCUUGGGGCCCAGGUGUGACCAAGGGUUUGAUGUGGGCCGUAUCCCUCUGCGAAGCACUGGCCAUAUGUGCCAGCUACUCCGAGCACCCUAAUCCCAUCGCACGGCUUUUAUUCUCUUAUAUUUCGAAAGAGUCAAUUGGAUCGACAGCCAUCCGAAUUUCUCCAUCGUUCCUGGUCAGCAUCACCUUUCUUGUCAUCUCAGCAAUCAUUCGCACCUUGUGCUAUCGGGCACUCGGCCGUCUCUUCACAUUCCAAAUCACCAUACGACCCAAACACACGCUCGUGACGAGCGGCCCGUACGCUUGGGUUCGCCACCCAAGCUACACUGGGAGCAUCUUGGGAUUCACGGGAUCUGUCUUAUGCGCACUCAGCGAGGGGUCGUGGAUCAGAGAGUGCGGAUGGCUCGAGACCUGGCGGGGAAAAGCGUUCUGCUUAUUUUAUCUGAUGUGGAACAUCCACGUCACGCUUGUCAUGCUUUGGAGGACGAGUCAGGAGGAUAAGAUGUUAAAGGAAAAGUUCGGCGCGGAGUGGGUGGCUUGGAGUAGGAAAGUCAGAUAUAAGCUUGUACCUGGCAUUUAUUAA